AUGUCUAGGAUCCGACCUGACCGCCUUCCGGGCGCAUCGUAUGCUGGCUCUAACGCACUAGUUGUCGCCCAGCGGAAAGUACUCGGUCUCAAAGAUCCAUUUAACAUUACAUUCGAUGAAGGAAACGAUAGCCAGCCUAUGACCAAAUGGUAUAAUGAUCAUAAAGAUAACCCCUACGUCCAGACCCUACAGCUGCGUAAAGAGACUAGCGGACCGUUCUAUCACGAGUUUGUUGUGUUUCGCCUUCGAGCGGGCACGUACUGGCGAAUCGACAGGCGUCAGCUACCUGAUGAAAAAAAGCCACUCGACUCAGCGUUUGGGGAUGGAGUAACGGCGCAAGAUACAAUUGAGCAAGUAAGCUCGCUCGAUGGUGUGAUGCACGGUCGCUCGAGUUGCAUGGUCGAGCUGGAGUUCAAAGUCCAGGUUCACAUAGGACUUGUCCUCCGAGCGUGCCGCUCGAUUCAGAAACACGCAAGGCGGUACACUCUACAGAAGCAUAACUGUUAUUUCUUCGCCCAAGCGCUGACGCUUUGUGUAGCAUGCGGGGCUUCGGAUUGGGCAGGUGUGGGCGAACAGGCGAGUGUAUAUAUGCCUCGCAUUCAAACUACGCAAAGUACUCACCCUCCAAACUUGGAACAGAGCAAGAGAAAGGGCCCCUGGAUGUCGCCAAACGGUCCAUUUACAGACUUUUGUAAAGAGUUUGACUUGGAGAAUGAGGCUCGUCUGGCUAACUUUAAAUGGAACCCUACCGACAUCUUUACUCAUGACUGGGAGAAACUUUCGCGACUGUCGCGUGUGCUUAUCCAUACAAGUCCAUUAUUGAGACAUGCCGAUCAUUGCAAGUUUUGCUCAGAAUCUCAGACUGUUCACCGCCAGCGCAGCCUAGGCGGCGAAGUCGAUCGCCUCAAGAAUGAACUCGUAGAAUACUGGAACAGAGUGUUUCGUGAAAUCCUUGAAAAGUCCUAUCUGGCGAAUCAUAGACGACUUGUUUCGAGUGGUGUGUGGAGCUUAGUUUCGCAAAAUGUAGCCGACAAAGAUUGUAAGCAAGUGGUGGAAAACAGCAUCGAAGAGGUUAGAGAGAGAUGGGGAGAAUAUGCCAAGGGCCGGGUGGACAAACUUUUUGGAAAUGUGGAAGAUCUCCUCGAUCCGAUGGAGAUUUGUGAUGCUUGGUAUCCAAACCCCGACGAGUGGAAACUAACGUGGACAUGCAAAGAUGGAGGACCGGUUCAAGCUGCAAUGGAUGAAUGGCAGAAAGAAAUACGAGCCUUUGUCGAAUCGGAGAUCUCUCACCUGGAAGCGGCUCUUGAACAUCAGACAAUUCAAGCUGGCCUAAAGGCCCAGGAAGCAGCAAUGCGCGCACGUCUUAUAUCAUUUGACCAGUCUAUGGCGAUUAAAAUCCUAGUUGCCCAACGUGAAGGGGAUCUAAUAGUUCCAGAAGGUGCGGCUCCCGCCGAUCAGCGAACGGUGAUGUCCGGAAAAACAAAAAGAUCAGGGAAGACAAUGAGAACAAUCAACACUGUGUUGACUAAGGGAGCUAUUCUGCUAAAGAACAAGAUGCUUCGUUUCUUUGAUGAGAAAACAGAUAGAGGAGUUGAUCAGAUUGCACGCCGAUCGCGUUGA